AUGGACAAUCAUAUCGCGCUAGUGGCUGGAGCCACUGACGAAGAAUUGGACGCUCAUGAGGAGCUACUAGCGCAAGUGGAGGCGGCUUAUGGUAGUGCUGUCACCGAAUUGCAACGCAUGCGUGCCGGCUCAAAUGCCACGGGGCACUCUGCAUCUAGCCGGUGCCAAGGUGAACACCGAUUAGAUCCCGUCAAACUCCCCACGUUCGAUGGCCGACAGGAAAACUGGUUGUUGUUUAAGGACAUCUUCGAGUCGAUGGUAAAUAAUCGCACUGAUCUUGACGAUACUUACAAAAUCAGCCGGCUAAGGCAGUGCGUCGAUGCGCAAGCGGUGCCAAUGGUUGGCGGCGUAUACACUGGAGGCUACGACCAACUAUGGGCGGAAUUGAAGAGGAGGUACGACAAUCCCAGGCGUUUGGUUGAGUCACAUGUGAAUCGGUUGUUGGACUUGCCUGAACACCCAGCACUUACGCAACGCAAUGUUCGGAAUGUAAUCGAUGUAGUACGCAGUACCUUACGUGCACUUAACGUGAUGGGCUUGGUCACCGACCAUUGGGACGCCAUCGUUUAUCCUAUUGUUCUCCGUAAAUUGCCAACAUCGGCGGUCACGCACUGGACCAUUCUGAGUCAUUCAGACCCUCUGCCGCAGCUGCAGAAAAUGCUUGAGGAGAUUGAGACCUAUGCUGACACUUUAAGGAGCAGCUCUACCGUACCGCCCAGGUGCCCAAAUCUUCAAGCGCCAACAUGA